CCUCCCACCACCCUCCGGCACCCGCACGCUCCGGGGGGUUCCCAGGCUCCGGGUCUCAGGCGUGAGGACACAUCAGCCGAAAGAGUUAAUCGGGGCAGGGCAGGGAAUGUGUGAAGGCAACAUGUGACUGCAGGUGGGGCAGGGCGGAGGGAUGAAUCACUCUUUUCCUUUUCCUCUUUUCACUUCUUGCUGUUACCUGUCCGGCCCCGGCACUGCGCGCUGGCAGGAGCCCCGAGCCACCGACCUGCCAGCCAGGGCGAUGCACAGGAGGCUGACGGGGAGCGUUCGCCGCCGCCAGACCCACGGGCUGACCCGCUGCUCCAGGGGGGAUAACCAGGGACGGCGUCUCGGCCGAGAAAUCCUGCUUCUCGCUGCCCUUCAUUAAGCCAGUUUUCUCUUUGUUUCUUUUUUUUUUCCUCCACUUUUUAUUUCGUCGGGUGUGUUAUCGUUGUCUUGGGAGAGCAGAGGAUGAGGAGAGCGUGGACUCGGAGGUGAAGGACCUUCCUGGCGGUGCUCAUACACCUGGGGCUGUCUCUGCCCUGUCACACAGCCCCGGCCGUGGGAAGCUCCGUGUUUAUCUUGCCUGGAGCCCUCUCACCCCGUGGAGCCGGGAGCAAGCCAGAAACCAAAUCCUCCUCCCCAGCAGAGAAGAGCUCCGGCGUGGCAGGAGCCGUUGGAAAAGGGAGCGCUGCCUUUCCCGAGCUGCCCGUCGAGCCAGGGAGGGCGAAGCAAAAGGGGAUCGUGUGUUUAAAGACUGGAGAAUAAUUAAUUCCUUAUUUAUUGCCGACAUCCGGCGCUCGGUGGGGGCACAGAGCUCCCCUGGGAGAGGCGCGCGGUCACCAUGGCUUUCUCCCAGGUGCAGUGCCUGGAUGACAGCCACGUCAACUGGAGGUCCAGCGAGUCCAAGCCCGAGUUCUUCUACAGCGAGGAGCAACGCCUGGCCCUGGAGGCACUGGCCUCCCAUGGCCGCGACGCCUUCUACGAGGUCCUGAAGAGGGAGAACAUCAGGGACUUCCUCUCCGAGCUGGAGCUCAAGAAGAUCCUGGACACGCUGGAGACGUACGACCCCGGCUCUGAGUACAUCCCGCGCCACGGCGGCAGCGCGGGGGGGAGCGAAGGGGAUGGCAACAGCCAAGGGGAUGAGCAGGACAUGGCUCCUUCCCUGGAGUACUGGCCCCAGAGGUCCGACCGCUCCAUCCCGCAGCUGGACCUGGGCUGGCCCGAGACCAUCGCCUACCGCGGGGUCACCCGCGCCACCGUCUACAUGCAGCCGCCCAUCGAGGGGCAGGCGCACAUCAAGGAGGUGGUGAGGAAGAUGAUCUGCCAGGCUCAGAAGGUCAUCGCGGUGGUCAUGGAUAUGUUCACUGAUGUAGACAUCUUCAAGGACCUCCUGGACGCAGGCUUCAAGAGGAAAGUGGGGGUCUACAUCAUUUUGGAUGAGACCAACGUGAAGCACUUCCUGCAGAUGUGCGAGCGAGCCCACAUGCACACCGGGCACCUAAAGAACCUGCGCGUCCGCAGCACCGGGGGGACGGAGUUCUUCACGCGCUCGGCCACCAAGUUCAAAGGGGCUUUGGCCCAGAAGUUCAUGUUUGUGGAUGGGGAUCGAGCCAUGUGUGGAUCCUACAGCUUCACCUGGUCUGCGGCGAGGACGGACCGAAACGUCAUCACAGUCCUCUCGGGCCAAGUGGUGGAGGCGUUUGACAAGCAGUUCCAGGAGCUCUACCUCAUGUCCAAGGGGGUGAGCCUCAAGUCCAUCUCCAUGGGUGAAGAGCCCGAACCCGAGCCCGUAACGCUGCCCUCGGUCGUGCCGGUGACCCCCGCCAACGCCGUGGUGAAGAAGCUGAUAAACCCUAAAUAUGCCCUGGUGAAGGCCAAGAGCGCUGACCAGAUCAGCAAGACUUCAUCUGAGAACCAGGACAAGAACCAGAAGGCAGACAACAAAGGCAAAGCCGUGCCCGAGGGCCCGGGGGGUGACCGGCACGGGGACAUGGGAGACCUGUCCCUGCUCAUCCACCCCGGCCUCCUGAAUCUGGAGAAAGCCAACAUGUUUGACUAUCUGCCCACCUGGGUGGAGCCUGACCCCGAGCCCGGGAGCGAAGUCCUGGGCUACAUCAACAUCAUUGACCCCAAGAUCAAGAACGUGAAGCUCUCGCAGAUGAACCGCAUCAAAGUCUGCGACGUCUCCCAGGCCAGCGCCCAGCACCGGCAGAUGCUGAAGAACAGGGAGAUGGAGGCCAAGAAAAACUCAGAGCAAGAGCCACCUCUGCUGUCCCCCUGCCAAAGACAGAUCCCACAGCCCCCCAUGGAAGCCCCUACAGCGCCCACUGCCAGCCACAUGGAAGGCAUCAGCUGGACAACGAAGCAAGCAGGAACAUUUGCCUCUUCACCGUUGGGCCACCACUUGAAGCCACAGGAGGAGACACUGGAGACCAUCAAACCACCAGUUCCAAAGCCAAGGACCGUCCCCGUUGGUGUCCUUGUGACCAAAGUCAUUACAACCUGUGACAGCAGCACUGCCCUGGAGGGUGACACACAACCACUGCUGGCCGACCAUAAGGGUGUGAAGCAGGAGCGGGAGGAGAAACCCAACGGAGCUUCCACGGAGACCUGCCACCUCCAGCCAGACCGGCCUGUGGCAGGGCCACAAGAGGACAAAGGGCCUCCCUGCUCCCACAACGGGCUGGGAGAAGAGGAGGAGGAGGAGGAAGAGGAGUACAUCACUCUCAGUGACCAGGAGAGUUACUCCAGCAGCUCUGCUGACCACAGCUACCGCCGCUCCAACGCCUCCUCCAUCUCAGACGAGUACUUCGAGGUGAGGGAUCGCUACGGGCCGCUCCGGAGAACCAACUCAGACGUCACCCACAACGGGGAGAUCCUUCCCAUGCAGAGGAAGCUCAGUGACCCCCACAUCAGCCGGGGCACCUUCGUCAGCCCCCUGGGCAGCCUCCCGUCCCUGAAGCACGUCCGCGUGGAGGACGUGACGAAGAGGAGGAGCAACGCCGUGGAGAUCAGGCGUGUGCUGCCCCGCACCAUCCUGGAUGGCAACAGCUCCUACCCCAGCAGUGCCACCCAGGGGACGCACAUCUACCGCUACCGACCCAGGACCCCCGCGGGCAGAGAGCAGGGCAAGGAGGUCUCCUGCUCCCCGACGCACGAGAAACCCCUCGGGGCCCCCAAGUACAGAGGGGAUGGAGCAGAACCCAAAAAGACCAUUGCAGGCAGCCAGCCCUACUGGCAGAGCAAAGCCUUCAGCCCCAGCAAGCCCACGGCACCCGGCCACCUCUCUCCGAGCAACCCCAGGGCGUCGGGCAAACGCUUCACCUCCCUGCCCGAGAGCCAGAAGCCAACCGAGGAGAUGAGGACACCCCUCGGCAUCCCGCUCUCCAAACUGUCCCAGUCCAAGCACCUCAAGAACAGGGUGGCGGGAGCCCCGGGUGCUUCUGUGGACUCCAAAAAGCAGCCCCCUGAGAGCACGGGCCAGAAGGAGCACUAGGGGCUGGUGAAGGUGGUCCCCGCAGGGCGAGAGCGGUGGUGGAGCGUUGCCUGGAGCCCAGGCCACGCCGUGUUACACGGGGCAGGGGAUCCUUGUUUACAUUUACCUGGU